AUGUCUGCUUAUGGUGUAGUUAAUACAAGCAAAGACUCAAUUUGGAUCGAAAAAUACCGGCCAAAAACCCUUGACAACCUUGUUGGGAACGAGGAUCAAAUUAAUAAGUUGAAAGAUAUGCUUGAGACGAAUAUAAUAUUUAAUUUAUUAAUUUGUGGGCCGCCAGGUGUAGGAAAAACUUCUGCUGCAAAGUGUUUUGCGAGACAAUUGUUAGGAGAGUACUAUGCAGAAGGCGUUCUUGAACUUAAUGCAGCUAGUGAACGAGGGAUAGAAACAGUCAGAGAAAAAAUUAAAAUUUUUUCACAGGAAAAAAUAAUAUUGCCAAAAAGAAAAUACAAAAUAGUAAUAAUGGAUGAAGUAGAAGCUAUGACGACGACUGCACAACAAUCUUUACGUAGAAUAUACGAAAUAUACGCAGACACAACUAGAUAUUUCAUGAUCUGUAAUUCUAGUGAAAAAAUAAUUGAACCUUUGCAAAGUCGAAGCAUUAUUUUAAGGUUUAGCAAAAUUAAAAAUGAUGCAAUAUUAAACCGGCUUAAAAAAAUUUGUGAUGCACAAAACUAUAAUUACAGCGAAGAUGCACUUGCUCUGCUUGUCGAUUCUUGUGAAGGAGAUUGUCGAAAAGCUAUAGGAUAUGUUCAAAUGGCAGCUUCGCUGUACGACAAGCUCGAAAUUGAAAAUGUAUAUAAUAUCUGUGAUAUUCUGCCAUUACCUUUAAUUAAAGAGUUAUUCUUGCAUAUACAAGAAGGACAAUUUAAACAAGCAAACACAGCCACCGGCAAAAUACUUGAUGAAGGGUAUUCGAAUCAAGAAAUAUUAGCUUCUUUGCUAAAAAUUAUCGAAACAGAUGAUAUGAGCAACUCCAUGAAAAUGAUUUAUCAUGGUAUGAUAACAGAAUCAAUUAUCGCCAAUGAAACAGGCAUUUCAGAUUUGCAAUUUGAGUAA